CGAUCCGUGCACACACCAGCAGGACGCUGCAGCUCAGGCAGAGUCCGCGACUCCGCUUUGAGCCCUACCUCACCCUGGAACACCGCCGCCCCGUGCCAGCACGGGCAACAACACCCUUGCCCUUCCUCAAGGCGGCCGUGUCGCUUAGACGCGGGGCAGGCAGCCAGGUUCCCGCACGCACGUACCAGUGGUACCUGCGGUGCAGGGGAAGCCCGGGCGGAGGCGACUCGGCUCGCCCCCUGUAAGGCCGCUGCAAAAGCCCACGCUGCGGCUGGCAGACAGGGCGCCUCCCAGAGGCUGUCGUUGGAUCAGGCAGCCCCUGCUCUCAGCGGACCUCUGCGAAGACGCUGGUGGUCGGGUUUGUGUGUGCAUCCGGCCAUCCCUUCGUAAGGCAGGUGGCAGAAGUGAGAAAAUGAAACAUCCAAAUGCUCAUAAGGAGCUAUGGGCAAGGAACGGCUAAAGAGUCUCCACAGGGGUGAAGAUCCUCUAGUCCUAUAGCAGCUGAAUGCUGAGGUCCCAUUCCUUUAAAGAGGAAACAGGUCGGGAGCAGUUUCAUGGCCUCGGGUCUAUGUACUGCAGAGGAGCAGCUGCUGUGAUCCUCACGUAUGAUGUGAACAGCCUCCAAAGCCUGACAGAGCUGGAAGAAAGAUUCUUGUCGCUGACAGACAGCGCGAGCGCCGACUGCAUUUUUGCUAUUGUUGGAAAUAAAGUUGACCUCACCGAUGACUGUGCUCUACCACCAGAUGAAAAUAGACCUGAGAAGGCUGUUGCUGGCUGUGGCUCCAAAGUGCGAAAGCAAGUCCGUGCGGAGGAUGCGAUUGCGCUCUAUAAAAAGAUACUGAAAUACAAAAUGAUAGACGAGAAGGAUGUGCCAGCAGCUGAGAAAAUGUGCUUUGAGACCAGUGCAAAAACAGGAUACAAGGUGGACUACCUCUUUGAAACCGUGUUUGAGAUGGUAGUCCCGAUAAUUGUACGGCAGAAAGCGGAGGGGCCAUCGCAAACUGUAGACAUCACAGACUACAAGCCAGCAAAAAGGACAAAAUCUGGAUGUUGUGCCUGAACCAUUUACAUGAUGUCAGCAAAGGGGAGUGAGUGUUCACUCCAGCAAACUGAGGAGUAAUAAGUGCUUACAGUUCACCAGGAAGGAAAUGACAAAGAAAAAACAGACUAAAAUGGUGUGCGUGGAAAAAACCCACAAACAAACAACAAAUCUUGUGACCUUUUAAAAGUUCCUGGGAGGCUCUGGGUAUGAAAAUGGGAAUGUGAAUGGAAUUAUGGACGAAGACUUGCCAGUUUUCUUGGUCUCUGAAGAGAAAUGGUGUGUUAGUACAAUUGUUAGCGACAAUCAUUUGAACAGUUUUGAAGGAGUCUGAUUCCCUUCUUUUAAGGACUCGCCAUUUCAUGCUGCAUGUAGAUGAUCUGUUUGUGUACUCUCAACAGCCUUCACGUGAUUGUCAUCUUUCCCCUUGUGGCUCUAACUUUGGAAGAAUGAACACAAUACUUUUUUAUUCUCAAGAAAAAUAAAGAAAAUCAAGGUAUAAUUUAUAUUUGUAGCUAAGAAAUCAAUUACAGUCCUUGAAUGUCAGAUUUGACAGUGUAAGACUCGGAAGUUCAACUAUUAAAAUCAC